UGCUUCAAAAUUAGAGUUUGGUUUUAGUUUAGUUUUGGAAGACAUCCAUACAGCCACAAUGCCUUUCUUUCGUGAAUUGAACUACGAGCAACGCCAGACACUAGAGCAAUGGUUAAAGAAAUAUGAGGUGGAGCUGAAUUUUCGCACGCGCAACGAAUUCAGCGACGCCUUCGCGGUGGCAAAACUCUUCGACAAGGUGCACCCCGGACUCGUGGACUUCAGGUGCUAUUUGGCCCGCAGCAGCGUGGCGCUGAAGAAACAAAACUGGCAUAUAUUCAACAUAAGGACUUUGAAGCGAAUGAAUAUGGGCCUGAGCCAACGGGACCUCUACAGACUGGCCCGCGGCGGCGGAUGGGCCCUCGAGACGCUGCUCUACAAGCUGAUGAUGACCGAUGUGCCGCCGAGGGCCGAGGGCGGGGAGGAGGGGACACUCCAAGAGAGCAGAGAUUAACCAAACAGAGAGAAUGGUACUGGCGUACGGCUAAGGAAGACAUUUUCGGAAUCUUUUGAAUAAAUAUUUAA